AUGGAAUGUGGGUUCGAACUUUGUUUGCCGGAGUCAGAGAUCUAUGCUGCACGGGUGAAUAAUAUGUGUGUGGCGCAUUCAGUCCUGUGUAAUUUGGGGGCUCAUUUCAGUGAGUUGCUUAUGAAAAGAUUUAGAGAGAGCUGUUUUGGGCACCUGUUGGACCUCCAUAAAAUUGCAUUUAGUGGUCAAAUUGUGCAUGCUCUGGCACUCCGGCGAGUCGGAGGACUUGGUGUUAAGGACAUGCUGGGCCUUACUUAUGCAAUAGGGUCCAAUAUUGCCCAAUUCAGUCCUGGUAUAACGUCCGGGGGGGAUGCUCAUAAUCGAUUUAUGAGAGCGCAUUUUAGCAACAGGGGUCACAUUACUUGCAGUGACUUAGAAAAUGCAUUCCUAAAGUCCGAAAGAGGAAGCAAGGACUCGUUCAAAUUGGGACUGCUGUAUUUUGUGGAGUUUGUGAUAAUGGGUAAACCCCAAAAUGUGAAGAUAAACGAGGAGUACUUACAUUUGGUUCAUAAAAUGGACGAAUUCAACAAUUAUCCGUGGGGAUCUAUAUCUUUUGAGUGUCUGCAAGAUUCUCUGUUGUUUGCUCCUGGGAAGAAAGAGAGUGAUGAAGAAAAAUGGGAAGGGAAAAGGACAGGAAAAGGGAAAAAAGGCGGUGCGGAGUUCAGUGAGGAAAGGGAAGAAAAAGGUGGAAGAUGA